GCCAUUGCUUGGCUCUCGGCUCACCGUCUCUCAGCGACCCUCACUUCUCCUGCAUGGACACCAGGGCUUGCGUCCAGAUUGGGAACCUGAGGCGUAGGAGGGGCAUAAUACCUGCGUAAGCGACCAUGCAAGAUUUAACGCCAAGUACAAGUGCCCCUAAAUACUUCGCCUAAGUAACCGACGUUUCGAGCUUUGUUAGUUCGAUUUCUCUCCUUAUUAGCCGAAAUAUGUGGAACUCUCCUGAGAAACUUGCAUAUAGCUUGGAUAUGUGGGCUGCUGCAGAAGCUCUCGCUUGGACUAAUCGAUAUUCUCGGGCGCCUCGUGAAGCUCGGCUGCAUUUCACUCCAGUAAUGAGUUUCAAGUAUACCAAAUAUCCCCUAUGAGGUCCCUGCUUCUAAUAAUAUAACCAGAAAUAGGCUCGUAUAUAAAGCCAGCAGUCCCGCUAGAGCUUUCAUUGGUGAACUUUGAUUAGCCACAUCCAACACACGAUGAAGUUAUUUAGCAGUGUUGCCUUUUCCCUCCUCUUUUUGCAGUCGGUCGCCGCUGCCGAGGUUUCUAAUGUUUUCAGCAAUCUCUCGUUGAAGCAGACCGUCGACUUGAACCAGUCUGGAAAGCAGAUGCCUUUCAACGGUUGGCUGGCUUCUCUCGACUGGUCGCUUGACAGCUCCGUCGCUGCAGGUGAUACUUUCACCAUCACUAUGCCACACACCUACCGUAUGGUCAGUGCUACCACUUUCCCUUUGACCGCUGACGGUGUUAAUUACGCCUCCUGUAAGGGUGUCGCCGGUGGCUCCUCCACUGGGACGACUAUCAUUACCUGUACUGUUGCUAAUGCCAUCACCGGUGUCGACAGAGUCUUUGGUACCUUGUCGUUCUCCGUUUCUUUUGGUGCUGGUGGUAGUGCUAACUCUGCAGACUUGUCUGACGCCAAAUUUUACACCGCUGGUACUAACACUAUUACUUGGAGCCAGUCUGGUGGCCAGAGCUUGACCGCUCCUGUAACCUUUGACUCUGGUAAGUACUCUUGGAAGUCUGCUUUGAACUAUUACUCCCACAACCUUCCAACUGGCGUUCGUCAGGAAUACAUGUUGUCCCAGCAGUGUCCUUCUAGUGGUAUCGAGCUGGGUGAGUUGAAAAUUAUCAACCCAGAUGGUGGGUUCGACUGCUCCAACACUUUUGCCUACACCUCUAACUCGAUCAACGCUUGGUCUUUCCCAGAAACCUUUGGUUCGUCUAACAAUAUUCAGCUUGUUUGUACCACCAACUUGGUCACUGUUACUUACACCAAUCUCCAGCCGGGUGAAAGAGUCUUUGUUGACGCCAACAGAGGCAAUGCCCAAUCGAUUACCUAUUACGAAAGUAUCCAAUGCCAAGGUGACUCUUCUCCUAAGAUUACUGCUGUUAAAGUCAACUACAACGUAGUUUCCGGCAGUGGUGGCUCUUCCGGUCAAGUCGGCACCAUUGUGACGGCUUCUAGCUGUUGGACUGGCAGCCAAGCCGUGACUAGCACUCUUCCAUUUGCUACCACUGAUCUUACCCAGACUGUUGUGGUUCAAAACCCAUUCCUGACCUCUAUCUCUACUUCCACCUGGACUGGUGCCUUUACCACCACUGUCACCCAACCAGCUAGCUCUGGUAACUGUCAGGUUAAUGUCAUAGUUUUGGAGCCAACUCCAUCCCCAUCUUCCAAGCCAGCUUCUUCUGAACCAGCGUCCUCUUCCAAGGCGGCUUCUUCUGUACCAGCAUCCUCUUCCAAGCCAGCGUCUUCUUCUGAACCAGCGGCUUCGUCUUCCAACCAUCCGCUUCUUCUUCCCAACCAGCGUCUUCUUCCAAGCCAUCCGCUUCUUCUCAACCAGCGGCUUCAUCCUCCAAGCCAUCCGCUUCUUCCCAACCAGCGGUUUCCUCCUCCGAACCUCCAGCGCAUUCGAACUCUACUCCAACUGUUUGGACUACUGUUACCGAAUGGGUCACCGAUUGUAACGGCUCCACUACUUUCACCGACAUCUUCACCACUCCAGUGUAAUUAAUAGACAUAGUUGUUAGUACGAGCUAGUGCCUUUCCUUCAAUUUCCUUUUAUUUCUCCUAUUCUUUCAAUUCUUCCAUUCCGUUUAUUUCCCCUUCCAUUACAACCAGAUCACCCUUAUGUAUCAGUACUAUUGGGCUAGGUUGUCUCAUCUAUACUAAUCCAGGG